UCACCGCCGACCACACACCUCCCUGCCUCGGCUGACUCUUACCAAAGAACUUUUACAUUCUAUUCAAGGAGCUGAAGUAAAGUUUGAUUUAAGGUUUAGUUAGCAAUGGGAGAAAUGACGGAGCAAAAGAACCUUUCUGAAGUUGUUACUCAGAUAUUUAAAGAAGCGCCCGAUGCCAGGAGGAAUCUGGCUGACAACCACAACAACCUCCUCCGCGUCGCAGAUUACUGCGAGAACAAUUUCCUUCAGGCAAAGGAUUCAUCCAAGGCUGUGGAAGAAGCGAAGGCUUUAGCAGCCCAGGCUCUGGCCAGUGUGACCUACCAGAUCAACAGUGUGGCCAGCACUCUGCUGAAGCUGCUGGACUCCCAGGCCAUGCAGAUCAAAGACAUCGAGUCCUCAGUCAACCUGCUGUCACUGGCUGCAGCGAUCCACUUGGAGUCGGUAGCCCGGAGAGAGAUUGGUGCUUUUACAACUCCCAAAAACAGAACUCGCACUAAGUUUGUGACGCCACCGACUUCAGGCAAGGAGCCGGAGAGAGGCUACUCCAGAGUGCCAAUAUCAUUCUCCAUCUUGGACUCCACUGGACACUGUUUUGAGUUGCCUGAGCAGCAGCCCAGAAAGGGCGACUCCACAGAGAGCACACAGAGCGCCGCAGAAUUCACUGUAUCCAAUUUUGGCAUCGCGGUGCCUCCUCCAUCAGUCCCCACCUUGCCAAAUGUCUCCAACCCCACCGACAACAGCACGCUUCCUGCUCCUCCUCCUGCCGAAUUGGACCCCAGUAUGGCCGGUCCACCACCACCACCUCCCCCUUCCUCCAUGGACACUGGCUUCCCCCCUCCUCCACCGUCCUUGACCUCACCCACAUGUCUCCCCCCACCUCCACCUCCACCUCCAAUCUCUCCGUCAAACGGAGCCUACCCGCCACCGCCUCCUCCUGUAGCAGGAGGUGUCCCUCUCCCUCCACCACCUCCUCCUCCUCCUCCUUCUCACACUGGCACCUCUGGUAGUGUGCCACCACCUCCUCCUCCACCUCCUCCUCCUCACACUGGCACCUCUGGUAGUGUGCCACCUCCUCCUCCUCCUCCUCCUCCACCUUUCUAAUGAACAUUAUGUUAUUGAGUCACUAGAGUAACUUCUUGUAUUGCUGGGUUGUGUAAAGCUUGUGCAGCACGGGAAACACUUUGUUGUUGUUGUUGUUGUUGUUGUUGUGAGAUAAAAGUGAAAGCAUAAUUAAAACCUUUAAAAAGUG